AUGUUCCGGAGCCUCACCUCGACUGCUGCGCCGUCUGUGGCUGCUGCCACCGGCCAGGCCGCCCGCGGCUUUGCCGCAGCUGCCGCCGCCCGCCUCGACUUUGCUCUCUCCGAGGAGCAGCGGGCGCUGGACGACAUGUCCAAGCAGUUUGCCCGCGAGGUCAUCAUCCCCGUGGCCGCCGAGCACGACCAGACCGGCGAGUACCCGUGGGAGGUUAUCAAGCAGGCGCACGCGCUCGGUCUGAUGAACCCGCACAUUCCCGAGGCGUACGGCGGGCUUGGGCUCGGCGGCGUCGAGUCGUGCAUCAUUGCCGAGAACUUGGCGUACGGGUGCUCCGGCAUCGGAACCGCCAUCGAGGGCCCGGCGCUGGCCGAGGCGCCGAUCAUUGUGGGUGCGUCCGACGAGCAGAAGAAGAAGUACCUCGGCCGGAUGACUGAGGAGCCGCUCAUUGCCUCGUUUGCGGUGACUGAGCCCGGCGCAGGCUCGGAUGUGGCCGGCGCCAAGACGACUGCGGUGAAGAAGGGUGACGACUGGGUCAUCAACGGCUCCAAGAUGUGGAUCACCGGCGCCGGGCACGCCAACUGGAUCUUUGUCCUCGCCCGUACCGAUGCCAACGCCCGGACCGGUGCGGCCUUUACCGGCUUUAUUGUCGAUGGCGACACGCCUGGUGUCAACGUCGGCCGCAAGGAGGUGAACGUGGGCCAGCGCGCGUCGGACACCCGCGGCAUCACCUUUGAGGACGUUGUCGUGCCUGACGCCAACCGCGUCGGCGCCGAGGGUUACGGCUUCAAGCUCGCCAUGGCCGCCUUUGACAUCACCCGCCCCGAGGUUGCAUCGGGCGCGGUCGGCCUCGCUGACCGUGCCAAGGACGAGGCGCUUGCGUACUCGCUCGAGCGCAAGACCUUUGGCACCGAGAUCUUCAACCACCAGGACGUCGCCUUCCGCAUCGCCGACCUCGAGACCGGCGUCCAGCUCGGUCGCCUCAUGGCCCGCCGCGCUGCCUGGGAGCUCGACCAGGGCCGCCCCUCGACCUACUACGCCUCCAUGGCCAAGCGCCACGCCGGUGACCACGCCAUGCACGCCGCAUGCGAGGCUUGCUACAUCUUUGGUGGCAACGGCUUCAACACCGAGUACCCCGUCGAGAAGCUCAUGCGCGACGCCCGCAUCUACUCCAUCUACGAGGGCACCUCGGGCAUCCAGCGGCUCAACGUCUCGCGCCUCAUGCGCCGCGCUUUUGAGGCCGGUGCCAACCCCGGCGGCCCUGAUGCCUAACUCCCUCCUGCCCACCCGUACACCCAUCAUUCAUCAGUACACGCAGCACACGCAGCACA